UCCAUCCCGUCGUCACUCCUGCUGCGCCUGCCACCAUCUUCUCACCCAUCGCCACGGCAACAGUGCACGUCCAGCUCAAUCUCUUGCGUCCAACCACCCCACAGCUCGCCUCAAGAGGACACUCCUUCAUCUUUGCGGAACCGCCAUGUCCGCCGAACCCAAGGCACCAGCUAUCGCGACCGAAGCUUCUCCCAAGCCCUCGUCGGAGGAGGCGACGCCGGUCGCCUCAACGAUCGACGUAAAAGAGUCCGAGGCAACGGCGCCAACCGCCGCCGGCACUGCCUCUUCCGCGGCGUCUCAGGCUGCCGAAGCAGCCGCAGCGGCGAGCGCGAGCCUGCAGAAUGCAGCCAGCACUGCGCGGGCGCGGGCCCAGCAGCACGGCUUCUACCAGGGCAACAUUGAGGAGGAGUUGGGCCAGGUCGUCAAGUCGCUCGGUAGCUUCUGGGGAGGUUUUAAGGCGAAGUCUGCGUCCACGUUCACUUCGCUCAAGGCCGAUGCCGAGAAGGGACUCGCGCAGGUCCAGAACGACCUGAAGCAGCUGCAGGAGGCCAAGGUCGAGGUCGGGGUCAAGGAGAAGGAGGAGUGGGAGAAGGAGCAGGAGGAGGAGCGGAAGAAGAAGGCGGAGCGCGAGGCCAAAGAGGCUGAGGAGCGCGAGCGCGAGGCAGCGUCAAAGGAGAAGGGCAAGGGACGAGCUCUGCCCGAAGACGAGACGCCGGCCGGGGAGCCGACGUCGCCCACGUCGGCGUUCUUCUCGCGUCUGACGAACAGCACAACAUCUCUCCAGGCGACACUGCAGAGCACGCUGGCCUCGACGCUCGCCGCGGCCAAAGCGAACCCCGCGCUCAACAACCCGACACAGCUGAGAGACCAGCUGGCGGAGAACCUGCGUCUCUCCAGCGCGCGAGAGAACCUCACUCUGUCGCUGCGGCAGGCCGAGUCGCUCGCUGAAGAGUACUUGAAGAAGGGCGGGGAGUGGGCGCGCAACGCGGAGCAGGCAGCGGAGAAGUGGGUGGAGGAGAACGUCAAGGUUGUGCCGCCCGAGGGCGUGGGCGCCUCGUUGGCGAUGGGCGCCUGGGAUGCCGGCGAGCUGUACUCGUUCUCGACGAUGGUGCCGGAGAAGUCGGAGGCGCCGCCAGCUGAGGGCGGGCGCACGCCGCGCGCGUCGCUGUCUUCGGCUGCCGUCGCGGGCUCACGCAAGGAAGCGCUGCUCCGCCGUCUGCGCGAGGACAAGGAUCUUCUCCUCCUUGACCCCGGGGCUGAGGCUGAGACGCAGCAGCGCCGUGACGAGUUCGCGGCGUGGGUGCGCGACGUGUGGCCUACGGCGCAGACCGCGGGACGCGAGGCCGAGGUUGGCAACGUCGGUGGCAUCCGUAUGGCGCUCGUCCCCGAACACCUGACGGACGAGCAGUUCUGGCAGCGCUACCUGUUUCACAUGGACAUGAUUGAGGCGGCGGACAAGAAGCGCAAGGCGCUGCUUGAGGCCUCGACGGCGGAGAAUGAUGCGGACGACUUCAACUGGGACGACGACGAGGAAGAGGAGGAGCCCGCAAAGGCCGCCAAGCCCCAGUCGCCAGCGCCAUCUGCGCCCUCGUCGGCCGCGACGCCCAAGCCGCCCCCGGCGUCGAAGAGCAGCGCCGCGACGUCGCCGCGCGACAGCGAGGAGAGUUACGACGUCGUGCGCACCAGCACGGCCGCGCCGACGGAGGACUCGGACUCGGACUGGGAGUAGACUGUAUGUAGACUGUAUGGAGCUGUCACGCGAAAGGGUAGAUUGCGGGCGUGGCUUGGCGACACUCCAG